UGCCCAAUGAGAAAGUCGGCCUCGAUGUCUUGCUACCCAAUAAGAACGCCAGUGGAAGUGGGCUGGUCCUGAGCAGCUCGAGAGCGAGAUUGAGAUAGUUUGGAGACGAGGUCUGGACAUGAAUUCCACUCCUCUAGCGUCCCUAAUUUAGAGAAGUGUAUGCAGUGAGGGGUCUGUGCGCCUUUCCACGUGGAAUUCCGAUAGGAGCUGGGACUGAACUAACUGGCUCGAGUGGUGAACUCGGUUCAGGACAGGUGGAAUCCCCUGCGGGCAUAGCGAGCGUAGUGAAGGUUAUGAGAUCUUUACAUUCUCUGAGGGCAUGGAGGAAUGCCAGUCUUGGCAGUUUACACCGUGGACAGGCCUCUUCCCAUUCUAAGUGAGAAUUAAUGGCGUGUGCGUUCAAGAAAUUCUCCAUUUACACAAGAAUAACACGGGAUAUCAAAUUAUCCAUUCGGCGCUUGUUUCGGUCAAGGAAUUCGGGAAUUUUCUGAAGUGCAUUGGAUUCAGUUUGUAACUGAGAAGUGUCGCAUGUUUUAGUUGAAAAAUAAAAGCCAAAACCAUGACAAAUAAACAAAACGGAAAUCUGUAAUCGUUUUUUGAUGGAACGAUAUGUGAGUAAAGGAAUGAUAUAGCCUAACAUUUACAAAAGGAGGGAGAGAGAGAGAACACACAAUGAAGGAGAAAUCAAAAACUGCCGCAAGGACUAGACGAGAAAAGGAGAACAGCGAAUUUUAUGAACUGGCCAAAAUGUUGCCUUUACCCUCGGCUAUUACGUCGCAGCUGGACAAAGCGUCUAUAAUACGACUGACAACAAGUUAUCUGAAGAUGAGAAUUGUCUUUCCUCAGGGUUUGGGUGAGGCUUGGGGUCACACGAGUCGAACGAGAUCUUUGGACAAUGUAGGACGUGAGCUGGGAUCCCACCUUCUCCAGACACUGGAUGGCUUCAUCUUUGUUGUGGCACCGGAUGGAAAGAUCAUGUACAUCUCCGAGACUGCAUCAGUCCAUUUGGGACUCUCUCAGGUAGAGCUGACCGGAAACAGUAUUUACGAAUAUGUCCACCCCGCAGACCACGACGAAAUGACUGCAGUCCUGACACCACAUCAGCCGUACCACUCGCAUUUCGUUCAAGAAUACGAGAUGGAGCGCUCUUUCUUCUUGAGGAUGAAAUGCGUGCUGGCGAAGAGGAACGCUGGCCUCACCAGCGGUGGAUAUAAGGUAAUUCACUGCAGCGGUUACCUGAAGAUCCGUCAGUACAGCCUGGACAUGUCGCCUUUCGACGGCUGCUACCAGAACGUGGGCCUUGUGGCGGUGGGACACUCUUUGCCACCCAGCGCUGUGACGGAGAUUAAGCUGCACAGCAACAUGUUCAUGUUCAGAGCCAGCCUCGACAUGAAACUAAUCUUCCUUGACUCGAGGGUGGCAGAGCUGACGGGCUACGAGCCACAGGACCUCAUUGAGAAGACCCUGUACCACCACGUCCAUAGCUGUGACACCUUCCACCUACGAUGUGCCCACCACUUGUUGCUGGUGAAGGGCCAGGUGACCACUAAGUAUUACCGUUUCCUAGCCAAACAGGGGGGCUGGGUGUGGGUGCAGAGCUACGCCACUAUCGUCCACAACAGCCGCUCCUCCAGACCCCACUGCAUCGUCAGCGUCAACUACGUCCUGACAGAUACUGAAUAUAAGGGAAUACAGCUGUCCUUGGACCAGAUGACCCCUAGCAAGCCAGCGUUCUCAUACACCAGUCCUCCGAGCACUACAGACGAGAGGAAGGGCACCAAGCCCUGUGUAACACACACCAAGGCCAAAGUCAGAGUGUCCCCCUAUCCACAGCAAUUUUCAGCCUUUCACCCAGAGCGUUCCGAGUCCGACCAGGACAGCCAAUGGGGAGGUAGCCCGCUGACAGACUCUGCCUCGCCUCAGCUGCUUGACCAAGGGGAGGGAGCGGAGGGCGGGGCCUGCGCCUACAGACUCUACCCCGACUCCGGCUCCCUGUGCUAUGGCCUGGCCCUCUCCGAGGAGGACCUAACGCACACCCACACCCCCGCCCACCCUCACAUCCCCGCCUGCGACCGUGGUGCCCGCUGCCAAGCUGGUCGCUACUUCCUGGGUGCUGCUCCCCAGUCUGGACGGGAGGCCUGGUGGGAUGCCACGCGCUCUGUACUCUCACUGCCCAAGUCGUCUCUGGAGAACGGCGAGGGCUACGACCUCACUUCCUAUCACAGCCUGGUCCAAGGAAGGGGCCACUGGGACGAGGAGAGCGUGGUCAGCUCGCCUGAAGGGGGCGGCGGCUCCACCAGCGACUCGGGUGAACGUUACCGCAGCAGCACUGUCGGCGACCAUUUCCAGGCGAGUCCUCAGGAGCCCAGCAAGAUGGAAACACUGAUCCGCGUCACGCAGCAGAUGAUCAAGGAGGAGGAGAGCCGCCUACAGCUGCACAAAGGGCCCCUGGACGCCCUGGGCCCAGUGGGGGGUCUCUCAAACAAGAGCCACAGACCCUGCUCCUUCACCCCCUCCUCCCUGCCCCUCCUCCAAACUGCCAUGCCCGGCGUCGUGUGUCGUGGCCCGGGAGUCGCCGAUGGCAUCAACCUCACCCUCACCUCCGAGCGCCUCCAUCACCGCAACGACGCCGGAAAUGUUUUGGGUUCCCACGACAACGACGACAAAAACACGGCCAGCCCGGCCUCUCUGUCGCGCCUCAGCAGCCCCAGCUCUGACGGAAUCCCCAGGCCGGGCCUGUCCGUCUCCAAAGACUACCUGCAGAGUCAGACAGAUGUCUCGCCCCACCACCACCCUCCAGUGCAGCAGGGGAGCCCUCUGCUCUACCCUGCCCAGGAGAGGCAGCACCUGGACAGGCAUGCAGCCUACACCCUGACUGGCUACUCCCUGGACCACCUGUACGACGCGGAGAGCCUGAGGAGCUACUCUGGGCUGGCAGGAGCCCAGUACGGCAUGCUGCCCCACAUGAGGAUGCAGGCCGACCAGAUACAAGGACACAAGGGCACAUCGGUGAUCAUCACCAAUGGGAGCUGACCGUACAUGACUGACAUAAAGACAGACCAAUCCUAGCAUCUCACUGAAGGAGUAAAUGUUGGACUUACAAACUUACUCCUCAUACAUUAGGGUCUGAUCCAAUUUUAGUGUCAAGAUAUUCCCCAUAACACAGGUCUUCUCUGUCACACUUCACUGAGCCCAAUAGAGUCCAAUAGAGUCCAAUAGAGUCCAAUAGAGCCCAAUAGAGUCCAAUAGAGCCCAAUAGAGCCCAAUAGAGCCCAAUAGAGCCCAAUAGAGUCCAAUAGAGUCCAAUAGAGCCCAAUAGAGCCCAGACCCAGCAAGCAAAAUAGUUGCAAUAAUGUCAGGCUGGCAGCUUUUGUUAGUCCUUAGUCAGGUUGUAUACGGAUUAUAAAAGAACAUUGUUUCAAUGUCUUUUUACUGACCAGAAAAAUAGAUCUUUAACUGGUUGUAAUCUGGUUACCUGAUGAAAUAGUAAACAAAAUAUGACAUCUUUCCCACAUGUCUUGAUGUUAUUAUCAUAAAAAGGCAGGUUUAACUGUAAUCUGCGACCUCUACAAAAAUAAAAUGUUUACAACCAGAAACUAAUGUCAUUAUGACGUUCCAUGCCAAAUUUUGCCCUCUGGGUAAUUUAAUUCCUCCCCUUGCGUUGAACUGAGAUGCUGUGGAAAGGCUAUUCAAGCUUUCAGUGAGUCCCAACAUAGUGUCACGCACCAGCAACUAGGCCUAUCGAAAUGAUCAUUUCCCAAGGUAGUAGACAAUGUGCAAUUCCAUUACAUGACCUCAAACCAGAUAAAGCAUUGUGCAACUUCCUCACAGAAACUUCAAUGGAGGGUAAAAGUAGUUCUUUAUAAAAAUACUCAUGUUUUUCUAUAUUUAAUUGUCAACAUGUUGAAUAUUUCUUUUCUUCUCAAUUAAAUGUCAUGUUUAAUGUCAAAGUAGAACAUUUGGUGGCAGGGUUGCUUUAGUUUCAAUGUUGGCAUUACCUGUGCAUCCCAUUUGCCAAAUUUCCCCCUCUUAGUAGAAGUCUUAAGGCGUGACAACAACAUCGUUUAUCACUUUAAACUUCUGGUGCUUCAUUAUGUGUUUCAAAUUGAAAAAAUAAUAUUGUUAUGUUUACUUUUCUUACCCCAAAAAAUAUGUAAAGUAUCUCCUGUGUAACUUUAUUUAUGAUGUAAAUAUGUUCAGAAAUUGCUUUCUUUUUUGGACAACAGGUCGUAAGUGUAUCUAUUAACUGGGGAUAAAAGAUCUUUUGAUUCUAAAUACAGGUGCAAUCAAACCCUC